AUGUCAAAUGAGGUGGAAUAUUAUAUAGCAGAAGGAGAAGACGUGAUUGAAGAAGACGCGAUGGAAGAUGUUCAAUCGUCUUCUUCGGACGAGCCUCAUACGAGUCAAAGAACGGAAGAGUCUUCUCCGGACAAGCCUCAUAAGAGUCAAAGAACGGAAGACUACGAACCUCCGCAAAAAGUUGCAGCGAUGGAUCUAGUGCCGUAUGACGUAAAAUUGAAAAUAGUUAUGACCGCAAACGAACAUCCGAAUUGGAGCUUCCGUACGUUACAAAGCAAGUUUAAACAGCAUUUGCAUUAUCACAGUGAAGUUGCACGCUUCCGCAAAUAUAUUUUAUCUGGUGGAAAUUAUUGGGAUAAGCUGCAAUUAAUAAAACGGAAUGUGUAUGAUCGGUUUACGGAAGCAAGAGAGCAAAGGCAACUUAUUACACGACGUCUCCUUCAACAGUGGACGAUGGCUGCAGCCGUUCAAUAUAACAAACAAGGAGAAGAAAGCGAAGAACAUGACAAAGCUUUCCGCUUUGUAGCAUCGAACACAUGGUUAACGUCAUUUCUACGUGAAUAUAAAAUUUCUAACCGUCGAGUUGUUCGGUAUUUAUCAAAAAGAGAAAUAAUAUCACCGCAAGCUGUGAUGGAAUCCGCUGUACACUUUCAAGAAUUAAUUAGAAGUAUAUCACCGGAUUACGACCCGGAUUUCAUAAUAAAUUCUGACCAAACGGAUUGCGAAUAUCGCUUUGCUCCAAAUCAAAUUAACAACGUCUCUCUACCAGCAAUAUUUGAAACUGGUUCUCAAGCCAUACAUCCACGUACCAAAGAUUUCUUUCUGAUUGACACACUAUGGCGGGUCCCACUUUUAGCUAUAUUCUACGUAUAUAGUAUAUACGUUCUUCUGCCGAAGUUUAUGGAAAAAAGGGAGCCCUACAAGUUGACCAGAAUAUUACAGAUAUAUAAUGUCUUACAAAUUAUAUUUAACAUGUACUUAUUUUAUAUGGCAUUAGCUUUGGGUUGGUUAAGGGAAUACAGCUUUAAUUGUGAACCCGUCGAUUUCUCAUACGCACCAAGAGCACUACAGAUAUCAAGAGUGGUGUGGUAUUACUUCAUGCUGAAGGUCGUAGAUCUGCUGGACACAUUCUUCUUUGUACUUAGAAAGAAACAAAGUCAAGUUAGUUUCCUUCAUAUAUAUCACCACUGUGGCAUGGUGAUAUUAACUUGGGGUGCCACUAAAUAUUUUCCCGGUGGUCACGGUACAUUUACAGGAUUAAUCAACACAUUCGUUCACUCGAUAAUGUACACACACUAUCUGCUGUCAUCCAUGAAAAUAGAUACGAAAUCAUGGAAGAAGCACAUCACUCAGCUACAAAUGCUGCAAUUCUUUAUAUUGGCGUAUCAUAUCUCCCAAUUACUGUGGACGGAUUGUGGUUUCCCACGAUGGUCAGUGUUACUGUUGCUGCCGCAAUAUAUUUUCAUGCUCGUAUUAUUUGCGGAAUUUUACUACAAUGCAUACAUUAAAAAGAAGCCGGCGAGUGCAGCAGUGAUAACGAACAUGGAGACAUACAGCAUCCCCGCGGAAAUCUCGAAUGGCAAAUUGAAAGAGCGAUAAAUUCGCGUGGUGAAUUAUUAUCCGUAAAAAUUGUUUCUGCUAUUAUUUUCCACUCUUAAUAUAUCGGUGUCAAAGAGUUGAACGUUAGUCUUUUAUUACUUGUGAACUUGCCACGAAAUUAUCGCAUUUUACGAUAGUUUCCCUUACAAUAUACAAUGUACGUCUGUCAUUUGAUAAAUCCUGAGCCUAAUAAUGAAGCACUUAUAUUUUUGUACAAAAUGGGUUUUAUUUUUCACUGUAAUGUCCUUUGAUCUUGAUAAAUAUUGUCGACCUCUUUUCUAAUCCUCUCAUUCUGUCAGUGAAGUAGGUCAAGUCCUGCAAAAUACUCGUUUACAAUUGCAAUCACUUCCCCAUUGGUUGCGAAUUUUUUUCCUCUGGACCAU